AUGUAUACGUUAACUACAAUCAAAAUUCUUAAUAAUCGUUUUACUCUUACUGGUUAUUCUCGAGCAGGUGAAGCAACAGCUUUAUUUGUACCAGAAAUGGAUAUGAUGUUAGAUGCUGGUACAAUCGUUACUACGACUAAGUUUCGACGUCUCUUUGUAACACAUUCACAUCUUGAUCAUUCUUUUCAAAUUCCAUUAAUGUAUUCUCCUUCAUCACCAAUGCCACUUGAUAUUUAUGUAUCUCAUGAAUCUUUACCUCAUUUUAAUGCUUAUCUAACUAGUGCUCAAUUAUUGAAUGAUCAUGGUGAUGAGAAAGCUUUUGCAACUUGUUCUAAACGUUUUACAUUACAUGGUGUUUCAGAUAAACAAAUUAUUGAUUUAGAUGAUUUGUAUCGUGUUGAGAUUAUAAAUUGUCAUCAUACAGUUCCUUGUGUUGGUUAUGUAUUCUAUGAAAAACGUAAGAAACUUAAAUCUGAUUAUAGUCAUUUAAAUGGUAAACAAAUUCAAGAAAUAAAAAAACAAGGCAUAGAUAUAAUAGAACAAAUUUAUGUACCUUUAUUUGCUUUUCUUGGUGAUACAACACCAGAUGUUUUCGCAUCGGGAUCGAAUUCAGCUAAAGUUUUACUUGAUCAAAUACCUGUUAUUAUUUGUGAAUGUACAUUUUUAGAUGGUGAACAAUCAAAUGAUAAAGGACGUACACAUUGGAAUGGUCUUAAACCUAUUAUUGAACAACAUCCUCAUAUUACAUUUAUCCUUAUUCAUUUUAGUCUCAAAUAUAAACGAAGUGACAUUAUAGAAUUUUUUAAUAAUCAAUCAUUGAAAAAUGUAAUACUAUUCAUUUGA